CCUGCAGCAGCUCCAGUGCAAGCUGCCAGGAGUGAGAGCCAAGGGGAACCUGCGAGGGCUGCAGGCAACUGAUCACCCGUUACAAUCCAAGGAUCCCUCGUUCUCUCUCGGACUGCUCCAGGGCCGGGGAGAGAGAGACCUGGGCUGAGGGGCAUUGCUCGCUUGGGUUCCACACAGCCAGAGGCGCUAACGAAACCCAACUAAGGGUCAUAUCGGAAAGUCCGAGAGCUUCGCAAGGAUAUUUAUCUCUCUCGGCUGACUUACUACAAGAGAUAUUUGCUCUUAGGGCUGGUUACUUCUUCGGAUUCCUUACUUCUACAAAGGUCGCUCCUUUGGGUCGAGAUCCGUACCAUGGAGUUACCGGGCGGCCUCUUUCUCCUCCUGAUGCUGGGGGUCUGCGCAACGAACCGAAUUCCAGAAAAUGGUGAUGAUGACAGUGUUUUCGAUCUCUUUGAGUUAAUUGGUUUUACUCGCAAGGGAGCUCGCAAGGCCCUAGGGGUGCAUCCAGUCAAGGGACCCGAGACAUCCAGCCCUGCCUACCGCAUUGAUGAUGCCAACCGUAUCCCUGCUGUUCCUGACCACAAAUUCCAAGACAUUCUUGAUGCCAUCCAAGCUGAGAAGGGCUUCAUCCUGUUAGCAAACCUUCGCCCAAUGAAGAAGAGCCCUGGCACACUGCUGGCCGUGGAGCGCAAAGACAGCUCUGGCUAUGUCUUCAAGUUGGUGUUGAAUGGCAAGGCUAAAACCUUGGACCUGAGUGUCUUCCCCAAGGAGGGCAACCAGAGUCUGGUGUCGGUGGAGGAAGUUGAGUUGCCCAACGCACAGUGGAACAACAUCACCCUCCUAGUCCAGGAAGAUCAGGCUCAGCUCUAUGUGGGGUGUGAGAAACUGAUGAAUGUUGAGCUGGAAAUCCCUAUUCAGAACAUCCUCACCAGGGACCUGGCCAGCAGUGCCAGACUCCGCAUUGCCAAAGGUGGAGUCAAUGACAACUUCCAGGGAAUGUUGCAGAACGUGCGGUUUGUGUUUGGAACCACAGUGGAAGCCAUCCUGAGAAACAAAGGCUGUGAAAGCUCCACCAGAAGAGUUAUUAUAUUGGACAAUCCCAUGAAUGGCUCCCGUCCAGCCAUCCGCACUAACUACAUUGGCCAUAAAACAAAAGACAUCCAGGCAAUCUGUGGAUUCUCCUGUGAUGAACUAAACAAUGUGUUUAUAGAAUUGCAAAGUCUGCGUGCCCUGGUUACAACACUUAAAGAUUCAGUCAGCAAAAUGGAUGGUAUUUUUCAGGAAGUGGGUGCUACUCUGCAUAGCACAAGUCCUGGAGUAUGCAUCCAUAAUGAUGUUAUGUACCAAAACACAGCCGAGUGGACGACAGAUAGUUGUACUACAUGUACUUGCCAGAACUCUGUUGUUAUGUGCCAUAAAGUAUCUUGCCCUCUCAUGCCUUGUUCCAAUGCCACCAUUCCUGAUGGAGAAUGCUGCCCACGAUGUUGGCCCAGUGACUAUGCAGACGACAUUUGGUCUCCUUGGUCUGAAUGGACGACCUGCUCUGCAACCUGUGGCAAUGGCAUUCAACAGAGAGGUCGCUCUUGUGAUAGAAUCAACCAUCGCUGUGAAGGCUCUUCUGUACAAACACGAAUUUGCAAUAUGCAGGAAUGUGAUAAGAGAUUCAAACAGGAUGGUGCCUGGAGCCACUGGUCCCCUUGGUCUUCCUGCUCUGUUACUUGUGGAACUGGAGUGAUCACUCGAAUCCGGCUGUGCAACUCUCCACUACCUCAGAUGAGUGGCAAAGAGUGUGAGGGAGAGGCAAGAGAAAACAAACCAUGCCAGAAAGACCAUUGCCCAAUAAAUGGGAACUGGGGACCAUGGUCACCAUGGGACACCUGUCCAGUCACCUGUGGAGGGGGCCUUCAGCAGCGUGGUCGUCUCUGCAACAAUCCUGAGCCCCAGUAUGGAGGGAAGGAUUGUAUUGGUGAUACUAAGGACACCCAGAUCUGCAACAAGCAGGAUUGCCCAAUUGAUGGGUGCUUGUCUAACCCUUGCUUUGCGGGAACUACAUGUACUAGUUUUCCUGAUGGUUCCUGGAAAUGUGGUGCCUGUCCUGCUGGCUAUCGUGGAAAUGGAAUUAAAUGCAAAGAUAUUGAUGAGUGUCAAGAGGUCCCAGAUGCCUGCUUUGUCAUUGGUGGAGUCCACAGGUGUGAGAAUACUGAGCCUGGAUACCAUUGCCAACCUUGCCCACCACGCUUUUCUGGAACACAGCCCUUUGGUCGAGGUGUGGAGAAUGCAAUAGCAAACAAGCAGGUCUGUAAACCACGUGACCCAUGUAAGGAUGGAACUCAUGACUGCAAUAAGAAUGCCAAGUGCACUUACCUUGGCCACUUCAGUGACCCUAUGUAUCGCUGUGAAUGUAAGCCAGGCUAUGCUGGUAAUGGCAUUAUCUGUGGAGAAGACACAGACUUAGAUGGAUGGCCAAAUACAAACCUGCCCUGUGUUGCCAAUGCUACCUAUCACUGCAGUAAAGAUAACUGUCCCAACCUUCCCAAUUCUGGGCAAGAAGACUAUGAUAAGGAUGGAAUUGGUGAUGCUUGUGAUAAUGAUGAUGACAAUGACAACAUUGUAGAUGACAGAGACAACUGCCCAUUCAUCUACAACCCACAACAAUAUGACUAUGAUAGGGAUGACGUUGGUGAUCGCUGUGAUAAUUGCCCAUACAAUCACAACCCGGAUCAGAUAGACACUGAUAACAAUGGAGAAGGAGACGCGUGUGCUGUGGAUAUUGAUGGAGAUGGCAUUCUUAAUGAAAGAGACAACUGCCAGUAUGUAUAUAAUGUGGACCAGAAGGAUACAGAUUUGGAUGGUGUUGGAGAUCAGUGUGACAACUGUCCUAUGGAACACAAUCCAGAUCAGACGGAUUCUGAUUCUGACCGCAUAGGAGACAAAUGCGAUAGCAACCAGGACAUUGAUGAAGAUGGCCAUCAAAAUAAUCUUGAUAACUGUCCCUAUGUGCCCAAUGCAAACCAAGCUGACCAUGACAAGGAUGGAAAAGGCGAUGCCUGUGAUCACGAUGACGAUAAUGAUGGCAUCCCUGAUGACAAAGACAAUUGUAGACUGGUUGCCAACCCAGACCAACUUGACUCUGAUGGUGAUGGGCGUGGAGACGCAUGCAAAGAUGACUUUGACCAAGACAAGGUGCUGGACAUUCACGACAUCUGCCCCGAGAAUGUUGACAUCAGUGAGACAGAUUUCCGCCGAUUUCAGAUGGUCCCCCUGGAUCCUAAGGGCACAUCUCAGAACGAUCCUAAUUGGGUUGUUCGUCACCAAGGCAAAGAACUGGUUCAGACUGUCAACUGUGAUCCUGGACUUGCAGUUGGCUAUGAUGAAUUUAAUGCUGUUGAUUUCAGCGGCACAUUCUUCAUUAAUACAGAAAGGGAUGAUGAUUAUGCUGGCUUUGUGUUUGGUUAUCAGUCCAGUAGCCGUUUUUAUGUAGUCAUGUGGAAGCAAAUCACCCAGUCUUACUGGGAUCCAACACCAACCAAAGCUCAGGGAUAUUCCGGUCUUGCUAUCAAAGUAGUGAACUCCACCACAGGUCCUGGAGAACACCUCCGUAAUGCACUGUGGCACACUGGAAAUACUCCUGGACAGGUGCGGACUCUGUGGCAUGACCCUCAUCAUAUAGGCUGGAAAGAUUUCACUGCCUACAGAUGGCGUCUGAGUCACAGACCAAAGACUGGUUACAUUAGAGUUGUAAUGUUUGAAGGAAAGAAGAUCAUGGCUGAUUCUGGACCAAUCUAUGAUAAAACCUAUGCUGGUGGUCGUUUAGGAUUAUUUGUCUUCUCUCAAGAAAUGGUGUUCUUCUCAGAUCUUAAAUAUGAGUGCAAAGAUCCGUGAUCACAAAGGCAAUUGAUACAGAAUUUUUUUUUUUUUGAAAUGCUGUAUUGCACCUUCUGAGAAGUUUAGUUUCUACGAACCCUGGGACCAUUUUUUUUUAAAAAAAUUGCUCUUCACUUUCUUCUGCCUUUACAAAAUAGAGACUCAAAAUACAUGAUCUGCCUCAAGAGAAUGCUUUUGAGAGAGAAAAAACAGCAAAGUACACUUCAUUUCUGACCUCUGUUGGCACAGAAGAAAACAAAUGUAUUUUGUGAAUAAGAACAUUCCUUGCCUCAGGAGCAAAUAGUCACUUCUAUAAGAAAGGCAUUUGUGUAGCUGGGCAUUGUCACUGCCUCUCUUUAACUGGAGGUCCAACGGAGUAGCACUUUUGUAAUAAGACUAUCUUUAUGCUGUGUUGUGGACUACUUAAAAAUGAAAUAUAUACUUCAGCUUGUGGGAGAUGAGAGGGACAGGAAAGAGACUAGCAGAAGUUGGAGGCAAAUGCCUCACUCUCUGAAAGGGGACUAUUCUCCCUGGGGUUUACAUCUUAAUUGGAGGGACUGUUACAUAUCUGACUAAUAGCCUGAUCCUCUGCAUGUUUGCUCCUUUGCAAGUCCCAAUGAGAGUUACUCCCACAUAAGAAUGCAUAGGAUUACAGCCUAAAUCUUUUUCGAUUAAUAAGGAACUACUUUGCUUGAUUACAUCGGAAAACUAGCUGGCUAGCCCCAGGCAGCAUUAACAAAUGUUAAAAAUUCAGUUGGGGGGUAAGAGGGGUAACAAUAUUGGCACACUGGAUUACAACAGUUUAGUGAGAAAGGGGAUGCAGAGUGGGAAAGCAAGUUUACAUGUGCCAAUGCAUGAUAACAAACAUGCACAGGUUUGAUACCAGCAACAGGCAGUGCAGAUGUAGCAAGAACACUGAAGUGCCAAAGAGCACUUUCAGCUCAACUUAGCACUUGUAUUGGCCUUCAAGGAACUAUGUUUUUUUUCCCUUAUAUUAUGGUUACAAAGGCACAAAAGAUGACAAACACAAAUAAAUACAAAAUUAUUUUCUACAAAAUGCAAUGAACUUUUAAAAAAAAAAAAACAUGUUUUUAAAGCAUUGAUUUUUGUAGAACUGUAGAUAAAUAAAAUGUAAAAUAUUUAUUUUUACCUAUCCUGUCUGUUAUGAAUAACAAAGGACUCUAGAUUAAAACAGUAAAACAAUGCAUCAAGACUAUCCAACAUAAUUUUGCAACGUCUCCAUGACUGUAAGAUUGUAAAUACAGGUUAUUUAUUGUUCUAUAGUGAAUCUAGACAGUAGUGUGUGAAGAUAUUUUCGCUGUAAAGAGCAGGUUUUCCAGAAGCAAUGUGGGGCAC